UCUUCUCCAUCAGCCCAUUUCGCAAAAUCUUUUUUCUACCUAUCUCCUCCUCGCUUGUUCAUCACGAUCUAUCAUGUAUAGGUAUCCAUGAAAUCGGGUACGUAACAAAAAUUUCUUACCUGGGAUAGAAUGCUGAUGGCGCAAAGCCAUCAAGGUUCCCUCUCGCGUGAGCUUUUUCCGAUUAGUGGCUCUAGUCGCAUGUAAAAUCCCACUUCCCUUUCUACAAGGAGAUUGUUCUCUUUAAUUCAUGGACAUAUUACCUAGUUUGGAUAUACACCUUGUUGGUGUGUUCUUUUGUCUUUGAACAAUCGCUUCGUCCUCUUCUUCGCAUCAACUUCCUGCGGCUGCAAGGAUAAAAACAUUAAUAUUCUGCGUCUUCCCGCUUGUACAUACCCGCUAACUCUAUUCUUCAGCCUCUGAAUCUUAAGAAAGUUCUGAGUCAUUGUUUAUCUGGGGCCGUCCCUGCGCACUCUCUCAACUGUCUUCUGGCACCUAGUUGAAGAAGGUCAGCUACAAGGGAACUCAUCGCCAACAUACUUACUCAAAUUACAUACGAAAGUCCUUAGGCCUUCAACUAGUCGACGAAGUCUCACCACAAUGUCUAUCUUACAUGAAGUCGUGGGCGCCGCCCUCAAAACCCGACAGGAUGACUCUAGCGCCCCUGAAUCGGGAUUCCAAGUCACAGUCGAUUGCGACGCGGGCAAUGACUAUGACGGUCGAAUGGGAUUGCGAAUCUCGUCUAUCUUCGUCAUCCUAGUUGGUUCACUUAUCGGCGCCGUCUUACCCGUCUACCUAGGACGCAGCAGCAGAAUGAGGGUAAACGGAAAGGCAUUCUUCAUUGCCAAAUACUUCGGUUCGGGUGUCAUCAUCGGCACGGCUUUUAUGCAUUUACUAUCACCUGCCUUCGACGCCCUCAAGUCUCCCUGUCUUACCGGUCCCAUCACCAGUUACGACUGGGCGGCAGGUAUUUGCCUCAUGACUGUGUUCGUCAUGUUUACUGUCGAGUUACUCGCCAGUCGUUUCGAUUUCUUCGGACAUAGCCACGGCGACCACGGCGACGACGCUAAGGCCAUCGACCCCUCCGUGGAUGCCCUUAGAAAUGGCGCUCAGGGUACCCCUAUGACGGACCGAGACGUUGAAGCCGGCUCUGCUAUUAAGGAGAGCGCAAGUGUCGCCGGUACCAACGGCCUACCAACCGACCUUAGUUACCCACCUGGCGGCGAAGACCAUCUUGGCCACCAACGCGAGCACCACGGAAACGACAAUCACGCCGCGUUUGCCGCGCAGAUGACCAGUAUCUUCAUCCUCGAAUUCGGCGUCGUCUUCCACAGCGUCUUCAUCGGACUUACACUAGCCGUCGCCGGAGAAGAGUUUACGGUUCUCUACAUCGUCCUCGUCUUCCAUCAGACCUUCGAGGGUCUCGGUCUCGGCUCUCGACUCGCAUCCGCGCAGUGGCCUCGAUCGAAGUGGUUGAUGCCGUACUUUCUGGGACUGGGUUAUGCGCUCAGCACCCCGAUAUCUAUCGCCAUCGGCCUAGGCGUACGAGCGACUCUUCAACCCGGAAGCCCUAAAACCUUGAUCAUCAACGGUGUAUUCGACUCCAUCAGCGCCGGUAUCCUCAUCUACACGGGCUUGGUCGAGCUUCUCGCUCACGAGUUUAUGUUUAACGAAUAUAUGCGCAACGCCGGCCUCAAGGUUCAGCUUGCCGCGCUCCUGUGCGUGGCUCUGGGAUGCGGAUUAAUGGCCGUGUUGGCCGAGUGGGCUUAAGCCUUAGGAAUCCAAGAGGAAAAGUUCGACAAUUCGAUGAUUUAAGUAGAUACCCCAAGGACAUACGGAGGAUAUAUGGAUCCUGAUCUCGACUUGAGAUU